UUCCCCCCCCUUUCAAGGGCUAUGCCCGUGGGCGCUCCGAAUGGAGGGGAGUGAGGGACUUGCUUACCGUUGCCCAGCUUCGCGCAUGCGCACGUCGCUCCGUUACCGUUCCUUGGGACACAAACACGCUGCUCUUGUUGUUUUCUCCUUGCAGCUGGGGGCAGGAAGAUGCCGGGGAAGUUGAAGGUCAAGAUCGUGGCCGGACGCCAUUUGCCAGUGAUGGACCGAGCCAGUGAUCUGACUGACGCCUUCGUGGAGGUAAAAUUUGGAAAUACCACAUUUAAGACAGAUGUGUACCCCAAAUCUCUCAAUCCUCAGUGGAACUCAGAAUGGUUUAAAUUUGAGGUAGAUGAUGAAGACCUACAAGAUGAGCCCCUGCAGAUCACGGUUCUUGAUCAUGACACCUACAGUGCUAAUGAUGCCAUUGGCAAAGUGUACAUUGAUAUUGAUCCUUUGCUCUAUAGUGAGGCAGCUACAGUUAUCUCUGGAUGGUUUCCAAUUUAUGAUACCAUACAUGGUAUCCGUGGGGAGAUCAAUGUGGUAGUGAAAGUAGACCUCUUCAAUGAUUUAAACCGUUUUAGGCAGUCAUCCUGUGGAGUCAAGUUUUUUUGCACCACAUCUAUUCCAAAGUGUUAUAGAGCUGUAGUAAUUCAUGGAUUUGUGGAAGAGCUGGUUGUUAAUGAAGACCCCGAAUACCAAUGGAUAGACCGAAUCCGUACUCCAAGGGCAUCAAAUGAGGCUAGACAGAGACUUAUUUCACUGAUGUCAGGUGAACUUCAAAGGAAGAUUGGCUUGAAGGUACUUGAAAUGAGAGGGAAUGCAGUUGUUGGUUACUUGCAGUGUUUUGAUUUGGAGGGAGAAUCUGGACUAGUAGUACGAGCCAUAGGAACAGUCUGUACCUUGGAUAAAAUAAGUAACACAGCAUUCUUACCUGCAUGUAAUUCCCCAUCUAAAGAAAUGAAGGAGAUUCCUUUCAAUGAAGAUCCCAAUCCCAAUACUCAUUCAUCAGGACCCUCCACCCCUCUGAAAAACCAAACCUAUUCCUUUUCACCUUCCAAGUCCUACAGUCGACAGUCCUCUUCUUCUGACACAGAUUUGAGUUUGACACCCAAAACUGCACCUUCCCCACAGGGGCCUAGGAUUUUCCUGUUUCCUAGCUCCCCUACUCUGUCUUGUGGUUCCCCACAGCUUAACAAGUCCUGUCUCCUCCUCCCGGGGUCUAGCCUUAACCCUCUUCACUCUAGCCAUGUCAGCCCAUUUGUUCUGAGGAAAAGUGUCUCUUUCACUGAAGAGCUGCUUCUGGCUGGAAUGGGCAGUGGAAGUGCUGGAAAAGAAGGGGGACCGUUUAAAGCUCUAUUAAGACAACAGACACAGACAGCUCUGGAGCAAAGGGAAGGAUCGCCUCAUAGGUUCUGUCGAAGGCGGGAAUUUCCCUUUUUUACCUUGACGGCCUUUCCACCUGGCUUCCUUGUCCAUGUUGGUGGUGUGGUCAGUGCACGCUCUGUGAAGCUUUUGGACCGCAUCCACAAUCCUGCCUUUGUCGGAAUUAUGGGUAACACAAGAUCAUACAAACUGCUAGACUGGAAUAGUUUCAAUUCAGAUGAACCAGAGACACGAGAUGCGUGGUGGGCAGAAAUCAGACAAGAGAUAAAAUCCCAUGCCAAAGCAUUGGGUUGUCAUGCUGUAGUGGGCUACAGUGAAUCAACUAGCAUUUGUGAAGAGGUCUGUAUUUUGUCCGCGUCUGGCACAGCAGCUGUACUGAACCCUAGGUUUCUCCAGGAUGGCACCAUGGAAGGCUGUUUGGAACAAAGGUUGUCAUGGCAGCCUGGCUUCUUUUCCAUAGGGUCAGAGAAGGGAGAGGUUGAUUUUUUUCCUCAGAACCAAGAUAGUUCUUCUCUAUUAGGGAUAGAAGAAACUUCACCUCCAGGUUGUGGAUUUUUCCACAUACCAUAUGAUGAACUGAACAUGCCAUUCCCUGCUCAUCUCACAUACUGUUACAACUGCAGAAAACAAAAGGUUCCUGAUGUUCUUUUCACAACAAUAGAUCUGCCUGCAGAGGCAAUGGUUAUUGGGAAGGGAUGUCUUAUUCAAGCCAGGUUAUGUCGCCUGAAAAAGAAAGCUCAAGCUGAAGCAAAUGCAACAUCCAUCAGUAAUCUGUUGCCAUUUAUGGAAUAUGAAGUACACACCCAGCUAAUGAAUAAACUUAAAUUGAAAGGAAUGAAUGCUCUGUUCGGUCUGAGGAUUCAGAUUACAGUGGGUGAAAAUAUGCUGAUGGGCUUGGCAUCUGCCACUGGUGUGUAUCUGACAGCUUUACCGACCCCUGGUGGUAUUCAGAUUGCUGGGAAGACUCCAAAUGAUGGCGCCUAUGAACAGCAUGUUUCUCACAUGCAAAAAAAAAUAAAUGAUACAAUAGCAAAAAACAAGGAGCUUUAUGAGAUUAACCCUCCUGAGAUACCAGAGGAAAUCAUAGGGUCUCCCUUUCCAGAACCAAGACAGCGUUCCAGGCUGCUAAGAUCUCAGUCAGAAAGUUCUGAUGAAGUUAUGGAACUGGACCUUUCACAUGGGAAAAAGGAUGCUUUUGUCUUGGAGAUUGAUGAUACAGAUGCAAUGGAAGAUGUACAUUCUUUACUGACGGAUGUUCCACCACCUCCAGGUUUUUACAGUUGUAACACAGAAAUUAUGCCUGGCAUAAAUAAUUGGACUUCUGAUAUACAGAUGUUCACCUCAGUAAGAGUAUCCAGAUUAAGCAACAUUAACCUGACAAAUCAAACACUUAACAAGAACUUUAAUGAUCUCUGUGAGAAUCUGCUUAAGAGUCUAUAUUUUAAGCUACGAUCUAUGAUUCCCUGCUGCCUUUGUCACGUAAAUUUUACAGUGGCUCUUCCAGAGGAUGAAGUAAUUCAGAUCACAGUCACAGCGGUUGCAAUAACAUUUGACAAAAACCAAGCUUUACAAACCAGUAAAGUCCCUGCAGAAAAAACAUUGCAAAGGGCCUCUACAGACAAUGAAGAGCAGCUACAAUUUCCAUUGGAACUUUGCUCUGAUCCUCUUGUUUCUCAACCAUUCUCACCAGCUAAAGAGGUCCUGGAGAAUGCAGGUUCCCACACAGGUAUACCAGCUGCACAGAGAGCAACGUCAGUUGAUUACAGUUCCUUUGCAGACAGAUGCAACAGCUGGAUAGAGCUCAUUAAACUGAAAGCUCAGACCAUAAGGCGUGGAUCAAUUAAGACAACUGCUUCUCUUGACAAAGCAAGUCCACUGGCUGAAGGACACUUGCGUCACCGUUCUGUUCCAUCAUGCACCAAUUCUACUGUCUCAGUUGUUAAGAUGACACCUCUUUCUUUUAUACCUGGGGCAAAAAUAACCAAGUAUCUUGGGAUAAUCAACAUGUUUUUUAUUCGAGAAACCACUUCUUUACGUGAGGAGGGCGGUGUCAGUGGCUUUCUCCAUGCUUUCAUUGCUGAAGUGUUUGCAAUGGUGAGGGCUCACGUUGCAGCUUUAGGGGGGAAUGCAGUUGUCUCGUACAUAAUGAAACAGUGUGUUUUCAUGGAGAACCCCAACAAAAAUCAGGCACAGUGUCUAAUAAAUGUCAGUGGGGAUGCAGUGAUCGUUGUACGUGAAUCUGAAUUAGAAAUGGUACCAAUGCAACCAUCUGCUGCUGUCUCUCAACCCGCAAGUGCUGGAGAUGUCACGACAUGAAACCAGAAGAAAUGGAAUGGCUCUGCCCGAAGUAAAAAGAUCUCUGCAAAAUGUGGGAAUGUUUAGCUUUACCUCUUCAAAAAUCAGUAAUUCUCCAAAAUAUUACAGUCAGCUAAAUCUGAGACAAUCACUAACCUUUGUCCAUCAACUUACAUAAUAGCCAGGGCAACAUUUUAUUGGCAAGUACCCUGUAAUUCCAUUUUUUUAAUCACUGGCCCCGUGAAAUCUAAGACAGAUGAGGCAUUGAUCUAAAGGAAUUCCAUAGAGCACCUGAAAUAAAACAGGAACUUACCUGUGUUUUUUCUUUAUGUAGUUGUUUGACAGGGCCAGAACAAAUAAUAACUCAAACAGUAUCUGAGUCUGAUAAUGCUUGUUCAUGUUAAUUUACUCUUAGUUAAUUUAAGAAACAAAAACUGGAAGAUAAUCAAGAAACUGGAAUCAGCUGCCUUUGAAUGAGCAAGAGAUCAUGAACCGGUUUAAAAAAAUAUUACCAAAUAAGCAAUCGUCUGAUAUUAAGUCUGUAACGAGCGUUAGCUCAUGGAACUUUGAGAGCAAAAAAGCACCAGAAAUGACUGUCUGAAUUUAGCAGCAUGCUAAAAUGUUUUUCAACUGUUUGUGAACUAGUGAAUAUUUUUAUUGUACAACAUAUUUUUUUAUUUUAAAUGUUCGUUAUUGUUGCUGCAUUGUAAGCAUAACUAUGGUAAAACAAAAUAAAUUAUUAUAUCUGGUUCAGGUAUUAUAAGUUCAUUUCAAUAUUAACAUUUGUACAAUGUUUUUUUUUAUUUUUUCAGAGAGUCUGCAAAAUAAUGUCUUAAACUACUGAAGUCCAGUUUUUUAGGGCAUGAUCUUGCAAUAUCGAUAUAGACAAAGUCAGAGAGACAGUCACCUGCAUAUUUGGAUGCAGAAUCAGGCCCUCUGUAUUUUGCUAUUUGGAAAUGCCUGGCUAACUUGAGUAAAAGAACAGUUAAAAUAUUUUAACUGACAUUAACUUCUGCAAGUCAGGUUUCCUUUCAAAUACAAUAAUUGGGAGAUGAUGGGUAUUGCAGGAAAAGGAAACAAUACAAAUCUUUUGAAGACUUUGGUAGAAUAAUAUAAAGACUGACUCUUUAGAUUUGAAGACACGUUCAUGGAAAUGUGUUGACAACAUCUAAUAUGGAACUUGAAUAAAUGUGUAAACUUGAAUGUAAAUAUUCUGUGUAGUCAGACCCAAAUAUCCCAUUGUAUAUGAGCAUGAAAAUCAUAUUCCUCUUUGUACAAUAAAUUUCUGUAUAAAA